GCGCACGCCCACCCCUCUCCCCUCUUUCUAGGCACCGCGCGUUUUUUCUCUUUUUUCUUUCGGGCGAAGUAACUUUUGCAUUCCCGCCUCCCCCGAGUCCUGGGGACCAGAGGCGGCGCCGAUCCUGGGGGCGGUUCCUUGGCAGCGUUGGUUCUUGUCAGAGCCAGACUUUUGCUCUUGGGCUGGGUUUGCAUCAUCCCCAUCACACCCUCAGGAGAGAGGAGCCGGCCCCUUUCAGCCUCAGCUUCCGGCUGGGAGCAGACCCCCCUCCCCCAUCCCAGGCCCCUUCCCCUGCUCCAGCCCAUCUCCCGCAUUUCGUUAGUACUCGCCCUCUACUCCGCAAUAUUUUUUUUCUCUCGUCCUCCUCGCCUCCAUUCGUUGUUUUACGUUUCCCACUCUUUGAGGAAGGAUGGUUGAUUUGGAGAGCGAAGUGCCCCCUCUGCCUCCCAGGUACAGGUUUCGGGAUUUGCUGCUAGGGGACCAAGGAUGGCAGAACGACGACAGGGUGCAAGUUGAAUUUUAUAUGAAUGAAAACACAUUUAAAGAGAGACUAAAGUUAUUUUUUAUCAAAAACCAGAGAUCAAGUCUAAGAAUACGUCUGUUCAAUUUUUCUCUCAAAUUAUUAAGCUGCUUUUUGUACAUAAUCCGAGUGCUACUAGAAAACCCUUCACAAGGAAAUGAAUGGUCUCAUAUCUUUUGGGUGAACAGAAGUCUACCUUUAUGGGGCUUACAGGUUUCAGUGGCAUUGAUAAGUCUCUUUGAAACAGUACUGCUUGGUUAUCUCAGUUAUAAGGGAAACAUCUGGGAACAGAUUUUACGAAUACCCUUCAUCUUGGAAAUAAUUAAUGCGGUUCCCUUCAUUAUCUCAAUAUUCUGGCCUUCCUUAAGAAAUCUAUUUGUCCCAGUCUUUCUAAACUGUUGGCUUGCCAAACAUGCCUUGGAAAAUAUGAUUAAUGAUCUACACAGAGCCAUUCAGCGUACACAGUCUGCAAUGUUUAAUCAAGUUUUGAUUUUAAUAUCUACAUUACUAUGCCUUAUCUUCACCUGCAUUUGUGGAAUCCAACAUCUGGAACGAAUAGGAAAGAAGCUGAAUCUCUUCGACUCCCUUUAUUUCUGCAUUGUGACGUUUUCUACUGUGGGCUUUGGGGAUGUCACUCCAGAAACAUGGUCGUCCAAGCUUUUUGUUGUUGCCAUGAUCUGUGUCGCUCUUGUGGUUCUCCCCAUACAGUUUGAACAGCUGGCCUAUUUGUGGAUGGAGAGACAAAAGUCAGGUGGAAACUAUAGUCGACACAGAGCUCAAACUGAAAAGCACGUUGUUCUGUGUGUCAGCUCGCUGAAGAUUGAUUUACUCAUGGACUUUUUGAAUGAAUUCUAUGCUCAUCCGAGACUCCAGGAUUAUUAUGUGGUGAUUUUGUGUCCUACUGAAAUGGAUGUGCAGGUCCGAAGGGUCCUACAGAUUCCGAUGUGGUCACAAAGAGUCAUCUACCUUCAAGGUUCAGCCCUUAAAGAUCAGGAUCUGUUGCGAGCUAAGAUGGAUGAUGCUGAGGCCUGUUUUAUUCUGAGCAGCCGUUGUGAAGUAGAUAGGACAUCCUCUGACCACCAAACAAUUUUGAGAGCAUGGGCUGUAAAAGAUUUUGCUCCAAAUUGCCCUUUGUAUGUCCAGAUCUUAAAGCCUGAAAAUAAAUUCCAUAUCAAAUUUGCUGAUCAUGUUGUUUGUGAAGAAGAGUUUAAAUACGCCAUGUUAGCUUUAAACUGUAUAUGCCCAGCAACAUCUACACUUAUUACACUACUGGUUCAUACCUCUAGAGGGCAAGAAGGCCAGCAAUCGCCAGAACAAUGGCAGAAGAUGUACGGCAGAUGUUCUGGGAAUGAAGUGUACCACAUCGUUUUGGAAGAAAGUACAUUUUUUGCUGAAUAUGAAGGAAAGAGCUUCACCUAUGCUUCUUUCCAUGCACACAAAAAGUUUGGUGUCUGCUUGAUUGGUAUUAGGAGGGAGGAUAAUAAAAACAUUUUGCUGAAUCCAGGUCCUCGAUGCAUUAUGAAUGCUACAGAUAUAUGUUUCUAUAUUAAUAUUACCAAAGAAGAGAAUUCAGCAUUUAAAAACCACGACCAUCAGAAAAAAAGCAAUGUAUCAAGGUCAUUUUAUCAUGGACCAUCUAGAUUACCUGUACAUAGCAUAAUUGCCAGCAUGGGUACUGUGGCCAUAGACUUGCAAGACACAAGCUGUAGGUCAGCAAGUGGCCCUACCCUGUCUCUUCCUUCAGAAGGAAACAAAGAAGUCAGAAGACCCAGCAUUGCUCCCGUUUUAGAGGUUGCAGAUACGUCAUCAAUUCAAACAUGCGAUCUUCUAAGUGAUCAAUCAGAAGACGAAACUACACCAGAUGAAGAAAUGUCCUCAAAUGUGGAAUAUGCUAAAGGCUACCCACCUUACUCUCCAUAUAUAGGAAGUUCACCCACUUUUUGUCAUCUCCUUCAUGAAAAAGUGCCAUUUUGCUGCUUAAGACUAGACAAGAGUUGCCAGCAUAACUGCUAUGAGGACGCAAAAGCCUAUGGAUUCAAAAAUAAGCUAAUUAUAGUUGCAGCUGAAACAGCUGGAAAUGGAUUGUAUAAUUUUAUUGUUCCUCUCAGGGCAUAUUAUAGACCAAAGAAAGAACUUAAUCCCGUAAUACUGCUAUUGGAUAACCCUCUAGACGAUUUACUCAGGUGUGGAGUGACUUUCGCUGCCAACAUGGUGGUUGUGGACAAAGAAAGCACCAUGAGCGCCGAGGAAGACUACAUGGCAGAUGCCAAAACGAUUGUAAACGUGCAGACCCUUUUCAGAUUGUUUUCCAGUCUCAGUAUUAUCACAGAGCUCACCCACCCAGCCAACAUGAGAUUCAUGCAAUUCAGAGCCAAAGACUGUUACUCCCUUGCUCUUUCAAAGCUGGAAAAGAAAGAAAGAGAGCGAGGUUCUAAUUUGGCCUUUAUGUUCCGACUGCCUUUUGCUGCCGGGAGGGUGUUCAGUAUCAGCAUGGUGGACACGCUUCUUUACCAGUCAUUUGUGAAGGACUACAUGAUUUCUAUCACCAGACUUCUGUUGGGAUUGGACACUACACCAGGAUCGGGGUUUCUUUGCUCUAUGAAAAUCACCGAGGAUGACUUAUGGAUCAGGACUUAUGCCAGACUGUAUCAGAAGUUAUGUUCUUCUACCGGAGAUGUUCCCAUUGGAAUCUACAGGACUGAAUCUCAAAAACUUACUACAUCUGAGUCUCAAAUAUCCAUCAGUGUGGAAGAGUGGGAAGACACCAAAGACGCCAAAGAGCAAGGUCACCACCGAAGUAACCACCGCAACUCAACAUCCAGUGACCAGUCCGACCAUCCCCUGCUAAGGAGGAAGAGCAUGCAGUGGGCCCGAAGACUGAGCAGAAAAGGUCCCAAACACUCCGGUAAAACAGCUGAGAAAAUAACCCAGCAGCGCCUGAACCUCUACAGGAGGUCAGAAAGACAAGAGCUUGCUGAACUUGUGAAAAAUAGAAUGAAACACUUGGGUCUUUCUACAGUGGGAUAUGAUGAAAUGAACGAUCAUCAAAGUACCCUCUCCUACAUCCUGAUAAACCCAUCUCCAGAUACCAGACUAGAGCUGAAUGAUGUUGUAUACUUAAUCCGACCCGAUCCACUGGCCUACCUACCAAAUGGUGAACCCAGUCGAAAAAACAGCAUCUGCAAUACUACAGGCCAAGACUCUCGGGAGGAAACUCAGCUUUGAUAAAAAAGAAAAUAAGAGACUUUUUUCUCCUACAAGGAUCUUGCUUGAAACAACUCUAAAUCU